GUAUUGUAGUGACUAUGAGUUUAAAAUUACUGCGGUAGUAAUAGGCGGCAAUAUGGUAUCCUGUUGAACGUUUAUAAAACGUGUAAUAUUUUUAAUUCGGAUUGUAUUGAUGUUGUAAAUCUUGUCUAUACAUCCUCUGUUUUCAUAUUGUGAAAAGAAUAUGGAUAAAUUAAAGAAAGCAUUAAGUGGUGAUGAUGUUGAUGAAGAGCAAGGAAUUAUGACACAAGUCAUAGAUGCUUCUUCUCUUAGUUGGUCAACUAGAAUUAAAGGUUUUGCCAUCUGCUUUGUUUUGGGCUUUACAUUUUCUGUUUUGGGUUCUGCAUGUUUUGCGAUUCCAGGAAAAGGCUUUAUUCUUUUUGGAAUAUUUUAUACAUUAGGAAAUAUUACUGCUUUAGCCAGCACCAUGUUUUUAAUGGGACCGUGGAAUCAGUUGCAAAAAAUGUUUGCACCAACAAGAAUUUUGGCCACUAUAUGUGUCCUGAGUUUUCUUGCUCUUACUCUGUGUGCAGCAUUUUGGUGGAAAAAAAUUGGCUUGGUCGUUUUAUUCUGCAUUUUUCAGUUUCUUUCUAUGACAUGGUAUUCACUAUCAUACAUUCCUUAUGCUAGGAAUGCUGUCUUAAAGUUUUUCCAGUCAUGCAUAUCAUAGUAAUUAAGAAGAAAUAUUUCAAUGUAAACUUAUUUUCUGAAGCUUUCUGAUUCUAUGAGUCUUACAAUUAAUCAAAACAACCAAAAUAUGUGUGUAAUUUGGAACAUUGUUUUGUAUGAAUACUGCUAUUCAGCAAGAAAUUUUCUGCACUUAUUGCAGACUGACAUUUAUUGUGUUAUUGUAUACUUAAUAAUUGAAUAAUGAAUAGCUAUUUUUGAUACACUAUUGUGAAUCUAUGUAAGUUUUUGUGCAUUAUUAAGACAUAAAUUUUAUACAAAUGAAUUUAAUAUCUACAAUCAAAAUUUUUUCUAAUUCAUUAAAAGUGAUAUAUAAAUUUGCAUUUCUUUGCAAAAUAACCAUUUUUCUAAUAUAUGCUAAUAUAGGAACUAUAACAGCUUUUCCUUUUUUUUCUUUGUAUGCCUAGAACAAGUUAGUGCUUUUUUAUAACAAAAAUGCAAUUACUAUUUUCUGAAAUGUGGUAUAAAAACUUUUAGAAACUUGUAAUAUUUUUUGUAAAGAGUAUUUUUAUAAAAACAUGUAUUCUUAUGAAAUCAUAACCAUAAAUAUCUUACUCAGUUACAUGAGGUAUAAUUAUAUUUAUAUUAUAUAGUAUUUUGUAAAUAAUAAUUUUAUAAUUAUUUUACCUCAACUUUUGAAAAUAGUUUAUUCAUGCUGUGAUGUUUGUAGUAUGACAUGUGAAAGCAUAUAAAACAAAAAAGUUUAUUCAUAUAUUUAUUUUGUUUAAAUAAUAUUUAGCCUUUUAAGCAGCAUGCCAUGGCAGUCUUUGUGCGUGAAUAGCUGUGUUUAAACAACAUUUAUUAGCUAAAUUUGUAUAACUACUUAUUAAUGGUUUUCAUAGUCUCAUUCUCUUUAAGAUGAUAGUUUUAUCAUUAAAGUAGGCGUAAAGCCUUUACAUGCUUUACCAUAAUCAAAUAAACCAAUUAAAGAAUAUAAUAUAUUUUAAUUAAGGUAAUAUAUGUCAAGUAGUAGCAAAUCUCAUGAUUGAAUAAAAAUAAUCAUACUGCUCAGAGGUAAAUAUUGCUAAAUAUUAAAAUAUAAUAUAAUACAAAGCUAAAUAUUGCUUUUCAAUAUUUAGCUUUUUAUUAUGUACAUAAAAACAAAUUUUAGUAACAUGCUGUACCUAAAAUUGUGAUGUAUUAAUGUAGUGAAAUAAUAAAAUUUUGCAAAAUGGUUAUUAAAAUAUAAUGCAGUAAUUUCAUUCAUUUUUAAAAAAUCGAUAUUUUUGUAAAAUUAGAUAUUUUAUAAAUUGAGAUAUAGCCAUGUUAUUAAAUAUUGAGGCAUUUUUUUUUAAAUUUUGAAUAGGAAAGUUGGCUGAGUUGUAAAUUUUUUUAAUAUAUUAUGAAUUGCAUAUUUUGACUGAUAGGAGUUUUUGAAGUAAACUUUGUAAUAAUCAAAUUGUAAUAUCUUGAAGUGCCAGUGCAUGAUUACAGCAGUAUUUAAAUUUAUUUCAUAAUACUCGCCAUUUUCAUAUUUAAUGUAUUAUUUAUUAAUGUUUACAAAUAUUGGCAUUUUACAUUUAGUGAUUAUUUGCUAUCACAUGAUGUAAUUUUGUUCACAUUUAAUGAAAAAUGUAUCUAGAGUAAUUUAUUUCAUUUAUUUAGGAGUGUAAAUGCAUCCAGUGCUUGAAA